AUCAAUUUCUCCAACGCGACCCAUCACGAACCGCCUGCCCCCCUUGCAGCCAUCGCCAAAACAGCACUUUGCGCCAGCUAACAUCAGGACUCCAUCUUGCAUCCUGUUUGCAUAACUGAUUCGGGGUCAUCUUUGGCCAGAAACGCAACUUUUGCCAUCAACCUCGAUUGGCAGGUUAAUUCCGUGGAGAGCUGGUUAACUCUAACCACUCCUGCAUCCGACGUUGUCUACACUUCACGCUUUAUCCCCGCCGUCGCAAUGGAGGAAAGUUCGGUCAGCUAUGGUACCCCGACAAACGGCGCAUCGCCGGGCGCCAACCCCAUCCUGGCGCAACCGCCCCUCCCUGAUGCCAAUGACGCCAGUGAAGAUGUGCAAAUGAGCGAGGGCCCUGCCAUUAAGCAAGACAGCACCACCCCCGCGCCCGGCGCGGCAUCAGACAACCCUCUCGACGCGCCCGAGGGCCCGCCUGCGGAGACGGCUGGCGGGGACGAGGAGAUGGGUGACGCGCCAAAGGACGAGUCGGGGCAGGUUGACGGCGCCGGUCAGGACGGCGCCGGCGAGGUCAAGACAAAGGAGUUCAUCGAGAAUGCCGCGAGGGAACACCUGAUUUCCCAGACCCACGCCAUCGUCCUUCCGAGCUACAGCACUUGGUUCGACAUGAACACCGUUCACAACAUUGAGCGGAAAGCACUGCCCGAAUUCUUUAACAACAGGAAUCGAAGCAAAACGCCCGCGGUCUACAAGGACUACCGCGACUUUAUGAUCAACGCCUACCGGCUGAACCCGGUCGAAUAUCUCACCGUCACUGCCUGCCGGCGCAACCUGGCGGGCGACGUCUGUGCCAUUAUGCGCGUACACGCCUUCCUUGAACAGUGGGGCCUCAUCAACUAUCAGGUCGAUGCUGACCAGCGCCCAUCUCAUGUCGGCCCUCCCUUUACUGGUCACUUCAAGAUUAUUUGCGACACGCCUCGCGGUCUUCAGCCCUGGCAACCAGCAGCGGACCCUGUAAUCACCGAGGGCAAGCAGAAUCGGGAUACUGAGGCUAAGGCUACCACCACCCCGGCACCCAAGAGCGAGCUCAACUUGGAGCUUGGCCGCAACAUCUACGAGGCCAAUGCCAAGAACAACAAGCUCAACAAGGGCGAGGCUAAGACUAACGGUGAAGCACCGACGACUAAUGGCGUGUCUGGAUCUGAGGAGCUCACCAAGGCCCCGAUUGUUAAGAUUAGCUGCUUCAACUGCGGCACCGACUGCACUCGUAUUUACUACCACAGCUCGCAGUCAGACCCGACCAACAAGGCCAAGUACGACCUGUGCCCCAGCUGCUACCUCGAAGGGCGUCUGCCUGGCAACCAGACCAGCGCCCACUACACCCGCAUGGAGAACCCCACAUACUCGUCCAUUCUCGAUAGGGAUGCGCCGUGGAGUGAUGCCGAGAUUCUCCGCCUUCUCGAGGGGCUCGAGCGCUACGACGAGGACUGGGGCGAGAUCGCCGAGCAUGUGAGCACUCGUACGCGUGAGGAGUGCGUGCUCCAAUUCCUACAACUCGACAUCGAGGAUAAGUAUCUGGAGUCCGAGAGGCUGGACGCGCCGAUUGGCCUCCAGAUGCUGGGUAGCCACGGCGGGCAACUUCCGUUCAGCCAGACCGACAACCCGGUUAUGUCGGUCGUUGGUUUCCUCGCCAGCCUUGCCGACCCGGCCAGCACCGCUGCCGCCGCCAACAAAUCAGCCGAGAUUCUCAAGCAGAACCUCCGGAACAAGCUUGAGAGCGGGUCGCAGGGUGAUGCGCAGGCCAACGGCAAGGGCAAGGAGAAAGAGGGCGGUGACUCGAUGGACGUGGACCUGAGGCAAGAGACCACCACGACCACCACCACAACCACGACAACGACAACCACCAGCUCAUCCGCGCUGGCGAGCAUCCCGCUCGCGGCGGUGGGCGCCCGGGCCGGCGGCCUCGCUUCGCACGAGGAGCGCGAGAUGACCCGGCUCGUGUCCUCGGCCGUCAACGUGACGCUCGAAAAGAUGGAGCUCAAGCUCAAGUACUUCAACGAGAUGGAGGCGAUCCUGCAGGCGGAGCGGCGCGAGCUGGAGCGCGCCCGCCAGCAGCUCUUCCUCGACCGGCUCUCGUUCAAGCGCCGCGUGCGCGAGGUCCAGGAGGGGCUCAAGCAGGCGGCCGCCGUCGGCGGCGAGCAGGGCGCCCGCAUGGCCCAGGACCUCGCCGUCGACGGCCAGCGCAUGAGCUUCCACGCCCCGCCCGCUGCCGGAGCGGUGCAGCCCCUGAGCGCCGAGGGCCAGAUAAAGAGCUACGAGGCCUAAUUAGCUCGCACGAGAGUGUCUCUUUUUUUUCCUUGGGUUCGUUUGGCUCUCUUCAGGCGUCAGGGGCUGGGAGGGUUCGAUGGGUAUUAUUGGUUGUGUGGGAGUAGUAGGAUGUUGUAUGAAAAAGAAAUGUUUUGUUUCUCUUUGGUUGUAUCAAACACCAGGGCCGCAUGGUGGGAUUCGUGUUGGACCGCGACCUGGUUAAGGGGGGGGGUUGCCAGAAGUGGACUUAUUAGUUAUACAAGUGCCUUCAUCGGUUCUCCGUUUGCAAUCUUUCUCAUGGCCUGAGUGAGCUGCUGGUUAGGCUGCCGGUGUGUGUAAUUGUUGAUUAGCCUGGGCUCGAGCGAAGCUAGUCGUUAUAUGAAUACACUUUGUGCUUGAUCCGCCCG